GGGCGAUGMUGCCCUGACGGCGGAGGCGGGAGCAGGGGGCGGCGGCCUCGCCGAGCUCUUGGCCGCUGGCGGGGCGCGGGCGGUGCUGCCAUGGCGCUCUCCUCUGCGCCCCUCAAGGUCUGCAUCGUGGGCUCGGGCAACUGGGGUUCUGCGGUUGCCAGAAUAAUAGGUAAUAAUGUAAAAAACUUGCAGAAGUUUGCUUCCACAGUGAAGAUGUGGGUCUUCGAGGAGAAUAUUAAUGGGAGAAAACUGACAGAUAUCAUAAAUAAAGACCAUGAAAAUGUAAAGUAUCUCCCUGGAUACAAGCUGCCAGAAAAUGUGGUUGCUGUCCCAAACCUUAAGGAAGCAGUACAGGAUGCAGACCURCUGGUUUUUGUCAUUCCUCAUCAGUUCAUUCAUAAAGUCUGCGAUGAACUCACAGGACGAGUGCCCAAGAAAGCUCUCGGCAUAACUCUCAUAAAGGGAAUAGAUGAAGGCCCGGAGGGACUCAAACUGAUCUCUGACAUUAUUCGAGAGAAGAUGGGAAUAGACAUCAGUGUGCUGAUGGGAGCUAACAUUGCCAAUGAGGUGGCAGCAGAGAAAUUCUGUGAAAGCACAAUAGGCUCUAAAAUCUUGGAAAAUGGCCUUCUCUUCAAAGAACUCCUGCAGACUCCAAACUUCCGAAUAACUGUAGUAGAUGAUGCAGAUACCGUUGAGCUGUGUGGUGCUCUUAAGGUGAGAUUAACAGGCUGCAGAUG